AUGGGCUAUGGGAAAUGGGGUCCCAGGUGCCCCUGGCUCCGGCCCCACGCCCUGGCUCCCAUCACACAGCAAACCUCUCCCUCGCAGGACCAGCCCCGCAGUGCCGAUGGCCAUGCACCGGACCCCACGGCGGCACAGGGCAGCCAGUGUGACAGCCCCAAGCAGCCAGUGGGGCAAGAGAGCCCUGUGCUACAGGUGCCCUCCGCCGUGAAGUCCAAAUCAUCCAGUGACAGCAAGAACCGUCACAAAAAGCCCAAGGACACCAAGCCCAAGGUGAAGAAGCUGAAGUAUCACCAGUACAUCCCUCCAGACCAGAAGGCAGAGAAGUCCCCUCCACCCAUGGAUUCUGCAUAUGCCAGACUCCUCCAGCAACAGCAGCUCUUUCUGCAGCUCCAGAUCCUCAGCCAGCAGCAGCAGCAGCAGCACUUCAGUUACCCAGGGAUGCACCAAGGCCAAGUAAAGCAGUCAAAUGAGCAAAUGGUCAAAAGUUCAAAUUCUUCAUCAACUUCUGUCAACACCACCCCUCUUUCUCCUGUGAAAACCACCUUUUCAGGCCAGACUUGUGUCUCAUCAAUCAAGCCAGGCCCUCUGCCAUCAAACCUGGAUGAUCUGAAAGUGUCAGAACUGAGGCAGCAGCUCCGAAUACGAGGCCUGCCUGUGUCGGGUACCAAAACAGCGCUGAUGGAACGGCUGCGGCCCUUCCAGGAGUGCAGCAGCAACACAGUGCCCAGCUUCAGCGAGAUCACCACCGUCACCUUCCCAGUCACUCCAACCAGCACCCUGUCAAGUUACCAGUCGCAGUCCUCUGCUAGCAUGUUAUCCAAUGGCUUCUACCACUUCGGCAGCACCAGCUCCACACCACCCAUCUCUCCAGCCUCCUCCGACCUGUCUGUGAGUGGCUCUUUGCCAGACACAUUCAACGAUGGGCCCGUGUCUUCUCCACAGUUUGGUCUCCAGCCAUCUCCAGUUCAUGGCAGUGCCGAAGAAAGCCUCAUGAGCAGCAUGAAUGGAGGAAGCAUCCAGCUGGAGCUGGAAGGGAUCGACACAGAGAAAGACAAAAUGCUGGUGGAGAAGCAGAAGGUCAUCAAUGAACUAACGUGGAAACUGCAGCAAGAGCAGAGGCAGGUGGAAGAGCUACGAAUGCAGCUCCAGAAGCGAAAAAGAAACAAUGGCCUCGAGGAGAAGCAGCAGCCCGCUCCUCAUUUCUUUGGUGUCCCCAUCAAGCAAGAAAACACAGUGUCCAGCUGUCCAUUUGCAUCCAAACAAACUGCCUUGAAAGGCCAAGCCAGCAGCUCUGAUAAGUUAAGUAACUGUGGGGUGCCACAGCUGCCUCACAUUGUAAAUAGCCACUGCUUGGAGCCUGCAGGGCAAAGCACCAUCACCUCCUCGACAUUCCUGAGCCCGCAGUGCUCCCCCCAGCACUCCCCACUAGGGGCUGCAAAGAGCCCCCAGCCCGCCCCCCCGCCCACCGCCCCCCCCCCCCCCCCCACCAGCCACUAUCUCCUCUCAGUGUCCCCCAGCUCAGAAGGGCGCAGUGGGUCCCCACAGGCCAGCAGUUGCCUUCGCACAGCACCGCAGAUGACACGAAGUCAGCAGAUGGACGAGCUCCUGGAUGUGCUGAUUGAGAGUGGAGAAAUGCCAGCCAAUGCCAAGGAAGAUCAGUCCUGCCUCCAGAAAGUACCUCAGAUAACGGUGUCUACAGGGAACUCCAGCGCUGCGCUCCCCAAGUCAUCCGCCCCAUUUGAGCAGGUCUCCUCAACCCAGCUCGCCUUCGAGCACUGUCCGGGCAGCGGUGAUGCUCACCUCGAGGUGCUGCUGAGCGCCCACAGCCCCCUGGGCAGGGUCAGUGAAAUAGCCCUGCUGAAAAUGGGGGGAGAGGAGUCCCACUUCGAAGGGAUGAUGGAGGGGUUCCCCGGCAAAGCCACUGAUGAACUGCUCCCCUCUCAGGAGAUCUUACAGCCUCCCCUCUCGCCCAUGGACACCCAGCUCUCCCCUUCCCCUGCCGACGGCACCGGUUUACAGAUGAGCUUCACUGAGUCUCCAUGGGAAACAAUGGAGUGGCUGGACCUGACCCCCCCCAGCUCCGCCACCGGCUUUGGCUCGCUCACCCCCGUGGGUCCCAGCAUCUUCAACAUUGAUUUCCUAGACGUUACCGAUCUCAACCUAAACACCAGCAUGGACCUGCACCUGCAGCAGUGGUGAGAGAGAGGGUGGUGGAGGCAGGAUACAGCAGCCAGCAAAGUGUUUCUGUCAUGCCAGAGAACACACGGGGCAAAAGUG